CUCCUCCUCCUCCUCCUCCUCGUGAUCUGACCUGAUCUGACGACUCCAGUUGGUCUCUGGAAUUGGGAGGGUCGUCACAACAACAGUUGUUCUUUCUUGACAAGAGCAGAGAAGACAGAAGAGAAGAGAAUUACGUCGGAAUGGGAAACGGGAGCAGGCGGAGUCUGAGCGUGGGGCGGUGGGGGAAGGUAGUAGGAGCGGUGGUGGUGAUAGUUGGGGUAUUGAAAGCGGUAGUGAGCAAGCAGUACGGUUGGGGAUGGAACAAAGAGGCCGCGUUGCAGGUGUUGAAGGAGAUGUCGGAUCGUCUGGGGAUGUGGGCGAUCCCUGCCUACGUAGGGUUGCACACCCUCACCCUCGCUCUUUGCAUCCCCUAUGCGGUCUUCUUCGAGGCUGGGGCCUCUUUCCUCUUCGGAUUCUUUCCUGCCGUCCUCUGCGUCUUCUCUGCUAAGCUCCUCGGCUCAUCCCUCUCUUUCGGGAUCGGCAGACUUGUAUUCAGGAAUUCAAGUUGGGCAAUGGAGUGGGCCCAGAGAAACAAGUAUUUUCGUCUGCUAUCCAAGGGAGUUGAACAAGAUGGCUGGAGAUUUGUUCUUCUUGCUCGGUUCUCACCCAUACCUUCCUACAUUAUAAACUAUGCCUUGGCUGCUACGGGGGUUGGGUUCAUUGUGGAUUUCCUGCUCCCUACUGUAGUUGGUUGCCUGCCUAUGAUCUUGCAGAACACAUCAAUUGGCAUCCUUGCUGGUGCUGCUGUGGCUUCAGCAACUGGCUCUCAGCAAUCUCAGCUUUGGUCAUACCUCUUUCCCCUUCUUGGAAUUUUAUCAAGCAUUCUAAUCUCCUUGAGGGUCAAGAGAUAUGCCACUAAUAUCUCAGAUGCUGUAUCCUGCCCUAGUGAGGAUAUUAGUGAUUGUGAUAACACUGUUAACUAAACUUUGUCUGGCAAGAGAGCAGGUAAGGGUCGGAAGGGAAGUCAACGAUAAAUUUAUUGUAGCAAACUUUGGAUUGCCACUCUUAUUUUGACAUAAUGAGAAAUGAUGAGUUGUUGCUUGAAA